CAUUUGUUUGAUUUUUAUUUUUUGAAAACUAAACAUGUAAAUACUAAUACUUUAAAAAUUGGGAUGGAACUUUUUGAUGUCUGUUACCAGUAUCCUUAUUUUAACUGUGUCACAAAGGGCAAAUUGUGCCCAUCAGGCCAAGAAACUACUCCUACAUAUUACACAAGAGAACUUAAAAAUAAUCUAAGAGAAAUUGGACAGUGGCAUUUGCAAAAUCAAGCAGCAUGAUACAAAAAUUUGAGAUCUAUCUGUGUAAGUCAGUAGGAUGAUUUUAUUCAAAGAGAAAAAAAUCUCCACUAUCUCUCAGAUUGGCAAAAUCAGUUUCCUUUGUCAUAAAAUUGCUUAAAAUUCCAAAAGGUAACAUUGAUACAUCAGUGACUUGUUCAGAUGGCUAUCCCCUACCUUACCUAAGCCAAUUAACAUCACUAGAAAUUUUGUUCAUAUUGAUUUGCCUUUCUUAAAGUAUAAGCAGGAAGAAUUCCUCACUGUCUCAAAACCUGCUAUUUUUUUCCUCAAUUAUUUUUUGACUUCCUGGCUUUUAAGUAGAUGGAAUAAUAUUUAAUGCUCACACAACUGGGGCAUCUGAAAAUGAAGGGAAGUCCAUCUUCCUUAGCCACUCUGUCCUGGUGGAUGACUCCAGGUUCCAGUGCCAAAACACAUCAGGAGAAAAACUUUGUCUCAGAAGUAUCUUAUUGUGUGUUAAAAUGGCAAAAAUAUCAAACUGAGGUGGGUAUUUGUUUUUUAGAAUGCAACAUAAUUACAAAAUGUACUAAAUUAAUUUCCCAAAAUAGUCUAAUAAGCGCUCUCAGAAAUUCCAGUGAUGCAGUGGUUAUUUGCAUUUUCCUGAUUUUAUUCUAUUUUUUCCUCAGAGGGAGACCUAUGUCCAAAGGGAACAAGCCCUAUCAAUUGAGUGUCAUAGCAAUCAGGCAGAAGCUUCAACAUAUCAAAAUGCCAGAAAUCAGACAACAGAGAGAGAAGAUGAACGUUUAAAUAAUAGAAAACUCUUCAGUAGCACUGAAGUUUAGUAUAGAAAGAAAAAGGGAGGUGAGAAGAAACUAAAUAGUUAAUCAGGAAAUAAUUUAUGAAGAAUUUUAUAAUGCCUUCCAUCCCUUGUACUAAGUAAUUAAAGUUUUAAGUAUAAAAUACAGGCUAUUUUUACAUUUUGGACAGACUGGCUCUGCUGCAGUGUGGAAAUUUGUCUUGGAUGGGAGCCAGAGCAACAGACAGAGAUCAUUCAUUCAUCCUGUUGUUUCAGUUAGCAAAAGAGAAAUAUUGCAUCCUGGUCACUCUCCAGAAAUCUGCCCAUGUCACAGACAGGUGGACGGACAGCACUCUGACUCACCCUGUGCAGGCAAGCAAGGAGCUUACUGUCCCAGCCGCAUCAGAGGAAGAUAGAAGACAAGCACCAGUUCACCUGCCAUGGAUUGUGACCAGAUCCACGUUGAUUACGUCUCAUCAGAUGACAAUGGGCAAGAUUUAAGCACCUACAACUUCUCCACCAACGGCUUCCACAGUGCAGCCCCGGGGGGCCGGCCUGUGCCUGGGCACUGGGGUGUAUGGCGGUGUGGACUGGAUGGACAACGUGGGCGGAUUGAUAGGGGCUUCCAAAAGAGAGACCUGGCUACAGCUCCGAGCGGAGCUGGAGGCGCUGACAGACCUCUGGCUCAUGCACUCCCUGAAGGCGCUAAAACUCAUCAACUCCUGGCCCAACUGUGUCAACGUGCUGGUCACCACCACCCAACUGAUCCCUCCCUGGCCAAAGUCCUGCUGUACCGACUAGGCUCCAUGUUCCUCAUCAAGAACACAGAUCGGCAGCCUGCUCCUCCUGGCCAUCGCUGGCUAGUCCAUUCCCAUUUGCAAAUCGCAGAAGCAUCCUGAGUAAUUUCCUUCUGCAAAUCCCCCUUGUGCCUCUGGCUGCACCCGUGGUAGCCCUGGACUGUUUCUGGGCUCUGCGGGGAUCCCAGAGGCACUCGGCAGGGGCUGGCCGGCAGGGCUAAUGCACGUGUGUGCUUUUUAUUGAAUGCUCUGCCUAUGCGUGUUCCAGGAGUACUUCCCAGUUAAUAAA